AUGAAGUGCACACUCUUCCUCGCUGCCGUCGUCGGCGCCUCUUCUGCCAUGGCCGGCAACUGGACCGUCACGGCGCCCAUUGCCACCGGCACCGGCACCGCUUCUGUUGGCUUCCUGCCCACUGGCAACGGCACCUACACCAAGCCGACCGCCGGCUCUACCACCACCAGCGCUGUCACCGGCACAUCUACCGCCAUCACUGCUGGUGCCGCCGGUCUCGCUCCCCAGGCUCUCUUCGGUGCCGUCGCUGCCGUCGCUGCUGCCGUCCUGACGCUGUAA